GGAGGAGGUGGUGGUGGAGCUGCUCUUGGGUGGGAGGAGGAGGAGGAGGAGGAGGAAGAGGAGGAGGAGGAAGGCAGUUAAUUAAUUUGGUGUUGUUGUUGCAUUAAGGUGCGUGGGGGAGAAAGGAGAUAAGUGCUCAUAAGUGUGUCUGUGGGGGCAAGUUGGAGCUUUGGUGGCUGAGAAGAAAGAGAGAAAGAAAGAUCCCAGAUUGCUCUCCCCAGGCAAAUGGGUGACCUCUUUCUUCCUUGGCUUUCUCUUUCUUUCUCUCUCUCUCUGGUGCUCCUCUUGAUCUUCUCCUCCUCUCCAACCAGGACCUCUCUGUAUAUAUCUCCCUUUCUGGGACCUAUAGCCUUUGCUGAAGUUGAGAUCCUGAGGAUGGAUCAUGGGGGGUCUCCUUGGAACUGGGGUCUGGAGAGAAGCCAUUACAGCAGAGUCCUGCUCCUUAUUAUGGGGAUGAUUCCCCCUUUGGAGAGGAAGAAAGGGAAGCUAACAGAGGGCUUUGCUUCUUGUGCACUUCCAUGGCUUUCCAGGGAAUGAGAAGCAGCUGAGCUCCUUCCCUCCCACCCUCUCUUUCUCUCUCGUGUCCCUCUUCCCCCCUUCUCUUUCUUUAUCUCCUUGUCCUCCAUUUGCAAGCUGUCUGCUUUGGUUCCAGUCCAGACUCCCAAAACACAAAGCUACUUCUCUUUCCCAUGCACACCAGAAGGGAGAAUCUCCCUCUCCAUCUCAAGGCUUUUCUCGGGCUCCUCCACCACCACCACCUCUUUCCUCCUUUUCUUUCUUGGCUUUUGUAGUUUCUGCUUCUGGGUGGAGGGGGAAAGGAGGGAAGGAAGGGGAGAUCUUUGCUGGAGGAGCCCCCUAAGGAUCUUCUCUUUGGAUCUGAUUCUGGACCCCCAGGGAAAGUUUUUGUCCUCUUGGUUUUGGAAGGAUCUUCUAGGAGAUCCUGGAUUUUUUUUUUGUUUGGAUUUUUUUUUGUUUGGAAGCGAAGGAGGAAGCUGGUGAGAUCUGGGGCUGCUUUCAGAAAGCUGGCUGCUUUGUGUGCUUUCCCUGCUUGUCUCAUGAAGCUACUUGCAUGCCUAAGAGGAAGUGAAUAGUUGGACAGAGGGCUGUGAUCUGAGUCAGGAUUUCCUAAUGUAAGAUUUACCAACAAGAACUAUGGAGGUGCUGCAGUGUGAUGGCUGUGAUUUUCGAGCACCAUCCUACGAAGAUCUCAAAGCUCAUAUUCAGGAUGUCCAUACUGCAUUUCUGCAGCCCACAGAUGUUGCUGAGGAAACUCCGAGUCAGUCAAGGUUCAGUUCCAUGAAUAGCAAUGACCAGCCUGAGGUGGAAUAUUCUUCUGUAAAAGACGAAUUUGCAAUCGCAGAUGAAAUAGCAGGACAAAAUGCAGCUCAGUUGGGGACAGCAAAUUACUACAGCCAUAGCCAGAAUUAUUAUGGCCAACAUAUGCUCUCCAAGCCAGCAAACAAAUUUUUUCAGUGUAAAUUUUGCGUGCGCUAUUUCAGAUCCAAAAACCUUCUCAUGGAACAUACACGAAAGGUUCAUGGUGCUCAAGCAUCAGCUGGAUCGCCUGGUGCUGGCUCCAUGAAUUACAACAUCAUGAUGCAUGAGGGAUUUGGUAAGGUUUUUUCUUGCCAGUUCUGCACCUAUAAAUCACCGAGACGUGCAAGGAUUAUCAAACACCAGAAGAUGUACCACAAGAACAGUCUGAAAGAGAGCUCCACCCCUCCUGCCACUUCAGCAGCUUUGUCUGAAUCGGCAUGUACAUCUGUGUCAGUGCAGGACUCAUGCAAGGAGCUUCCAGCUGAAGUUGUAGAACGCAGUAUCUUGGAGUCAAUGGUCAAGCCUUUAACCAAGUCAAGAGGCAACUUCUGUUGUGAAUGGUGCAGCUAUCAGACGCCUCGAAGGGAACGCUGGUGUGACCAUAUGAUGAAGAAACAUCGCAGCAUGGUGAAAAUACUUUCAAACUUGAGGCAACAACCGGAUGGGACCAGUAUGCCAGAAGGCUCAAGCAAAGGUCCACCAAGUCCCACCCCAAACUCCAACUAUGUUCCCAUGAAUGCUUCUGGACGAGAGAUGCCUAACGCAAAUGUCACAAACUACAGAGGUUCUAUGAACAAUUCCCUUGGCAGGUCCAACUCUUCCUCAAAAUUUUCUUCUGUUUCUUACCCACAUUUGAAGCAUAAGGCAUCUCACAACUCGGGCAUUGUUAAUUUGUCUGACAGAUCUCAAUACGGGAUGGGUGAUAUGGCAAAUUCUUCUGCUGACAUGGAUACAAACAGUAUGCUAAAUGACUCCAGUUCUGAUGAUGAGCUGAAUGAACUUGAUAGUGAGAAUGGGUUGAACUCUAUGGAUCACCAAAGCUCAGGAUUAAGUGCAGAGCAGCUAAUGGGAUCUGAGGGCCACAAGUUAUUGGAAACAAAGGGCAUCCCAUUUAGAAGGUUUAUGAAUAGGUUCCAGUGUCCUUUCUGCCCUUUCCUUACCAUGCAUCGGCGAAGCAUUUCCCGCCAUAUCGAAAACAUCCAUCUAUCAGGCAAGACGGCAGUAUACAAAUGUGAUGAAUGUCCUUUCACUUGUAAGAGCUCAUUCAAACUCGGGGCUCAUAAACAGUGUCAUAGUGGUGCAGCAUCAGACUGGGAUGCAGUGAAUUCCCAAACUGAAAGUAUAGCUUCUUCUUUAAAUGAAAGCACAGUAUCUUAUGAAGGGGGUAAUAUAAAUGGCAGGAAAUCUGGGGGAAUGAUAGAUUCCAUGCAGCAACAGUCUCCACAAUCCAACUCACAGCAUCCAUAUAAAUGUACUAUGUGCAAUUAUUCCACAACCACCUUGAAAGGUCUUCGAGUUCAUCAGCAACACAAACACUCAUUUUGUGACAACUUACCAAAAUAUGAAGGCGCCUCAUCAAAUACUCCACAAGACAGUGAACCUGAUACUCUUGCCUCUCCUAGCACUGUGAAGAAAAGCCAGACCUCAAUUCUUGGACUGUCGUCUAAAAACAACUUUGUAGCUAAAGCCUCUAGGAAGAUGUCCAAUGACUUUCCCCUUGACUUGUCACCAGUAAAAAAGAGAACUAGAAUUGACGAGAUAGCAAGCAACUUGCAGAGUAAAAUAAGUCAAAACAAGCAGCAGGAAGAUUCAGUAAUUAAUGUAGAGGAUGAGGAAGACGAGGAAGAAGACAACGAAGUAGAGAUAGAAGUAGAACUAGACAAAGAGGAAGAACAGGCAGAACCACUGAUGGAUAUAUCAUCAUUCACUUCCCAACAAAUGUGGGGGAGAGAUAGUAGUGACACCCAGAAAGAUUCCAGCUAUAGGAAUAUCGUCCAUGAAUAUAAUUCCACUAAUGGGGCAGAAAUUGAGCUCACUAUAUCUGAGGAUGAGGAGGACUAUUAUUGUUCUUCAAUGGGCUUGAAGGAUCAGGGUCUGAAUUCAUCGGUUUUGGGCAGCCAGUCAAGUAUAUAUGGAUCUGAUCAAAAUAAUGAUAAUUCUGAUUAUGGUGAUUCUGGGCGGCUUUACUACUGUAAACACUGUGACUUCAGCAACAAGUCUGCCAGGAGUGUUAGCACUCAUUACCAGCGGAUGCAUCCCUACAUUAAAUUCAGCUUUAGGUAUAUACUGGAUCCUAAUGAUCACAGUGCAGUGUACAGAUGCCUUGAAUGUUACAUUGAUUAUACAAACUUUGAAGACCUGCAACAACAUUAUGGUGAGCAUCAUCCUGAAGCAAUGAAUGUACUAAAUUUUGAUCAUUCUGAUUUGAUCUAUCGUUGUCGCUUCUGCUCUUACACCAGCCCAAAUGUUAGAAGUUUAAUGCCUCAUUACCAAAGAAUGCACCCAACAGUGAAAAUUAACAAUGCAAUGAUAUUCUCAAGCUAUGUAGUUGAGCAGCAGGAAAGUCUAAACGCAGAGUCUCAGACUUUGAGGGAGAUCUUGAAUUCAGCUCCCAAAAGUCUGGUUAGUUCGACCCCGGUUGCGCGUGGGACUGGUGUACCUGGUUCUUUUAACAAAAAUUCUCCAAAAGCCAAUAGCCCAGAAUCUGAAAGCCAGAAGGAAUCAUCAGUAAAUAGUGUUGUAGUGUAUGACUGUGAUGUCUGUUCAUUUGCAAGUCCUAACAUGCAUUCUGUCCUAGUGCAUUACCAGAAAAAACAUCCAGAAGAAAAGGCUUCCUACUUCAGGAUUCAGAAAACUAUGCGUGUGGUGUCUGUUGAAAGGGGCUCCGCUCUGGCUCAGAUGGCGUAUGAAAUGGGAUCCCCUGUCUCGCCCAAAAUGUCCAACUUGUCUUCACAGCUCCAGCCUCCGCCACCUCCAGAUCUUAUGACAGAGCUUUAUUAUUGCAAACAUUGCUCUUAUAGCAAUAGGUCAGUAGUAGGAGUACUAGUGCAUUACCAGAAAAGGCAUCCAGAGAUAAAAGUUACUGCAAAAUACAUAAGACAGGCACCUCCCACUGCGGCUAUGAUGAGAGCUGGAGAGUUACCUCCUGGCAUCCAUAGACCACCGGCAUCUAUGCAACAGCAUAAUAGAGGAAAUUCUGGGAGAGCUGUUGCUUCCUCAGAGAAUGAGAUGUUCUUCUGCCAGCACUGUGAUUAUGGAAACCGGACUGUGAAAGGCGUGCUCAUACAUUACCAAAAGAAGCAUCGUGAUUUCAAAGCCAAUGCCGAUGUGAUUAGGCAGCAUACUGCCACAAUCAGAAGCCUUUGUGAUCGUGGCCAGAAAAACUCCCCUGGUGGCAUGCAUACACAGGCUUCCAAUGCUGAGCAAGAAAAGGCAAAGCUGAGAGCUCUCAAAUGCCGGCAAUGUUCUUACACAUCACCUUAUUUCUAUGCCCUAAGGAAGCACAUUAAAAAGGACCACCCGAGCUUGAAGGCCACAGUCACAUCUAUUUUGCGUUGGGCCUUUCUGGAUGGCCUAAUAGAAGCUGGUUAUCAUUGUGAAUGGUGUAUCUACUGUCAUGCUGAGCCCAGCGGCUUACUUGUUCAUUACCAAAGGCGACAUCCUGAGCAUUAUGUGGACUAUACUUAUAUGGCAACAAAACUCUGGGCAGGGCCAGAUCCUUCACCUCCAGCCAUGUUGAUACCCUCAGAGAUGAAAACGUACAAAUGCAGAGACUGCAUUUUUGAAGCAUCUUCCAUCUGGGACAUCACUAAUCACUACCAAGCUUUUCAUCCAUGGGCUAUGAAUGGGGAUGAAUCUGUAUUGCUAGAUAUCAUUAAGGAGAAAGAUGCUGCUGAUAAAAGCAACGAUGCCAGUGCCAUAUUAAAUUCAGAGGACCAGAUGCCAGGAACACAGUUGGACCAGGAUACUGAAUAUGCAGGUGAUUCAAACCUUUCUCAAGACAAAGCUAUCCAGCUCACUUCUGUGAAUCCUGCAAUAUCUUCAACACCAUACCAAUGCACAGUGUGCCAAUCAGAAUACAACAACUUACAUGGCCUUCUAACUCACUACGGCAAAAAACAUCCUGGAAUGAAAGUGAAAGCUGCAGAUUUUGCACAAGACAUCGAUAUUAAUCCAGGUGCUGUGUACAAAUGUAGGCAUUGCCCAUACAUCAAUACACGUAUCCAUGGCGUUCUCACACACUAUCAGAAAAGGCACCCCUCAGUUAAGGUCACUGCAGAAGAUUUUGUACAUGAUGUGGAACAACCUGCUGACAUGAACCAGAAUGAUGUGGAAGAGACCAGUAGGAUUUUCAAGCAAGGGUAUGGUGCUUACAGGUGUAAGUUGUGCCCUUAUACACAUGGCACUUUAGAGAAACUCAAAAUCCAUUAUGAAAAAUACCACAACCAGCCUGAAUUUGAUGUGUUUGCACAGUCACCUCCCAAGUUUCCUCCAACCAUGGAACCUGAACUAGUCACUGAAAUGAAGCCCUCCCCAGAAGAAAUCCCACCUGAAGAGAUCAUCGGAGAAGACAUUAUGUCCCCUUCCCAUUUUUCAAGUUCCCAUUUGGUUUCUCACACUGUAUUCCGGUGCCAGCUCUGUAAGUAUUUUUGCUCCACAAGGAAAGGCAUAGCGAGGCACUACCGAAUAAAGCACAACAAUGUGCGGGCCCAGCCAGAAGGCAAGAACAACCUCUUUAAAUGUGCGUUGUGUUCCUACACAAAUCCUAUCCGUAAAGGUCUGGCUGCACAUUAUCAGAAGCGUCAUGACAUUGACGCAUACUAUACCCAUUGCUUAGCAGCCUCGAGGACUGUAACUGACAAGCCCAAUAAAGUAAUUAUUCCAUCGCCCCAGAAAGAUGAUUCUCCUCAGCUAAGUGAGGAACUGAGAAGGGCUGUGGAGAAGAAGAAGUGCUCUCUGUGCUCCUUCCAGUCCUUCAGCAAAAAAGGAAUUGUGUCCCAUUACAUGAAACGCCACCCGGGCGUGUUCCCGAAGAAACAGCAUGCAAGCAAGUUGGGGGGUUACUUCACUGCUGUGUAUGCCGAUGAGUAUGAAAAGCCGGAACCUUCCCCUGAGGAGAAGAAUGAUUUUGAGAAGCCGGAGGUCGAGGUCGAGGUGCCAGAGCCGGUGCCAGAAAUGGAGUGGCUUCCCUUCCGGUGCGUUAAGUGUUUCAAACUCUCCUUCAGCUCAGCCGAGCUCCUGUGCAUGCAUUACACCGAGCACCACAGCAAGGACUUAAAGAGAGACUUUACCAUCCUGGAAAGUGGCAUCCAUUUUCCGGACCCCCUCUACCAGUGCCGGCAUUGUGAUUGUAAAUUGCAUAGCAUUGCGGAGUUGACCUCACACUUGAACAGCCACAAUGAGGAAUUCCAGAAGCGUGCCAAACGUCAGGAGAGAAGGAAGCAGCUUAUGAGCAAGCAAAAAUAUGCAGAUGGUGCUUUUGUAGAUUUCAAGCAAGAGAGGCCUUUUGGAAGCUUGGAAGAAAUUUCAAAACUGAAGGAGCGGAAGGUUGUGGGAUACAAGUGUAAAUUUUGUGUGGAAGUUCAUCCAACUCUACGAGCCAUCUGCAACCAUCUUCGUAAGCAUGUUCAGUAUGGGAAUGGUACCUCGGUGUCUGCUGCAGUCAAGCAGGAAGUUGAAGAUCCUUCACAUGCAGCUUUCUUGGAGGGUAUUGAGGGAGCCAAAGACCCUGGCAGUAUUGCCACUCUGGAACUUACAGAAGCUGAAUCUGGACCAUCACUGGAAGAUGAAACCAGACCUGGUGGCUACCACUGCAGCCAGUGUGACCGGGUUUUGAUGUCUAUGCAGGGUCUACGAUCGCAUGAGAGGAGCCACAUGGCACUGGCCAUGUUUACUCGUGAAGACAAGUACAGCUGCCAGUAUUGCUCCUUUGUCUCUGCUUUCAGGCACAAUUUGGAUCGCCAUAUGCAAGCUCACCAUGGACAUCAUAAACCAUUCCGCUGCAAACUCUGCCCAUUCAAGUCCUCCUAUAAUAGCCGGCUGAAAACUCAUCUGCUCAAAGCUCAUGCUGGUAAACAUGCCUACAAAUGCUCCUCCUGCUCAUUUUCCACCAUGACAGUCAGCCAGCUGAAAGAGCACUCCCUGAAAGUGCAUGGGAAGGCACUGACACUACCAAGACCACGCAUUGUCAGCCUUGUAACCUCGGAUGCUCACCAUGCCUCCAAGAACCACACUACCGCUGAAGAAGUGGAAGACUGUAAUGAUUCUUCCUACUCAGAGCCUCCAGAUGUCCAGCAGCAAUUGAACCACUACCAGUUAGCAGCUCUGGCAAGGAACAACAACAACAUUAGCCCUGUCCCAGACCAGAAAGCCGAACCCGUCCUUAAUUGUGAAUUUUGUGAAUUCUCUUCGGGUUAUAUUCAGAGCAUUCGGCGCCAUUACCGUGACAAACACGGCGGGAAGAAGUUGUUCAAAUGCAAAGAUUGUUCUUUUUAUACUGGCUUUAAAUCUGCUUUUACUAUGCAUGUGGAAGCUGGGCAUUCAGCAGUUCUUGAGGAAGGACCCAAAGACCUCCGCUGUCCUCUCUGCCUGUACCACACCAAAUAUAAACGGAACAUGAUUGACCAUAUCGUCCUUCAUCGAGAAGAGCGAGUGGUUCCCAUAGAAGUGUGCCGUUCCAAGCUGUCCAAAUACCUGCAGGGAGUUGUUUUCCGCUGUGACAAGUGCACAUUCACCUGCUCCAGUGAUGAGAGCCUACAGCAGCACAUAGAGAAGCACAAUGAGCUGAGACCUUACAAAUGCCAACUCUGCUACUAUGAGACCAAGCACACAGAUGAGCUGGACGCCCACCUCCGAGAUGAGCAUAAAGUGAGUCGCAAUUUUGAACUGGUUGGACGGGUUAACUUAGAUCAGUUGGAACAAUUGAAAGGGAAAGAGGAAAGUUCCAGCAGUGAUGAGGAAGAAAAGGAAGAAGAGAUGAGCCCCAAGACCGAUGAGAGAGAGUCCAUGGGGUUCUCAGAGAAUGGUCCACCAGAAAAAAGGUUUGCAUGUGAAUUUUGUGGCCGGACGUUUGCAGAGGGCUCCGAAUGGGAAAGGCAUGUACUGAGGCAUGGCAUGGCUGUGAAUGAAAUCAAUCAGGUGAUUAGUGAAGACAGCCAGUCAAAAGAGAACCCAGAAGAGAAUGUGAAGGUACCGUUGGCAGAAGAGAUGGAAAGCAGCAUGUCAAUAGUGGUGGACUUUUCCCACAAGAAUGAACCUGCCGUCUGUAUUGUUGCUGCUGCUGAUAAAUCACUCCAAGAGAAUACAGAGGCCAAAAGUGAAUGAGCACCUGGUGUGAUUUCAGACAACCUACUUGAACAGUGAUGGAUGGGAUGGGGUGGGGAGGGGGACAAGGAAGAAUCAAAGCUGCUUUUAGGACUGAAUGAUCUAUUUUCAAAGCACUGGUACCUGUGUGUGCGUGUGUGUGUGUGCGCGUGUGUGUGUUUUUGCGUGUGUGUACAUAUAUUAAAUUUAUUUAAUUGAGGACAACAAAAUGAUGUGGCUCCAUGACAUCUCUGCAACUCUUCUGGAUCUUGACAGUGGGACGUUUCCGUUCAUUUGGACUUGAAGAGCAAACUCGCCAAUGCUCUUUGCGUUACACCGUUGUGCUUUGCCAUGGACACUUUGGAUCAUUUCAAGGAUGGAAGCGUCACAAGGAUGGAAGAGUGCAGGGGACAAUUUUCAGCGCACAACUUUGGGCGCUUUUUUCUAAUUUUAAUAUACAUAUGCUUUUCCAGACUGACUGACUGACUGACUCGCUUUAGAAGAAGAAGAAAACAAAACAAAAAAACUGCUUUUUGCUUAAAACAGUCACCUGUUUCCUAGUACCUCAGAAUUAACCAAGGGAAAUAUUAAAAAAAUACAAAUCUCUGCAUUUGUCAGUACUACCUGUUGUUGUUGUGGUUAAAUGUAGAGACAAGACUGCUGAGCAAGAUGGUGAAUGGAAGAAAAACCACAAAGUUUUAAAACAAAAGGAAAACAAAAUUGUGCUCAAAAAUCCCUGUGGGGGUUUUAUUUCUUAAAAUACUGUGAUUUUUUUAAUUAUUUUAGUAAAAAAAUACAAAAAAGAAAGAGAGAAAGAGAGAGAAAGAGAAUUCCUAGAUACCUGUCCGUGGCUUGUCAUCUUUUAUUCCAGGUAAGCUGUUUGUUAGCGUUCAGCUAUGAUUUUAGGGUGCGUGUGUGUUGUUGUGUUUCUUUUAAAGACUCAUGUGACUGACUAUGUGCCGUUCUUGUUUUGCCCCAUGUCUCCGUCUGCUCAGCCUAAGGGGUUACAAACACAGCACAAUUAAGUUUCGGGUUGUUGGUUUGUUUUUUCACGUAAAGUAUUGUUACUCUCCGCCCUGGCCCUCUACCCACCCAGGAGAUGACGCUGGGAAGGGGGAUUAGUUUUUGUGAAUAUAAUGGGUUUUUUAUUCUCUCCCCAUCCCUGUUAGUUUCAAACAUGUGAAAAUAGCAAAGAAGUGACUUUAAAAAAAAAGAAAAGAGAAAAAAAGAAAGAGAAAACCCCCAUUAAUACUAAAGAACCAAACUUACAGCACAGCUAUGCAGGUUGUGGGCCAAAUGGCUCCUCGUAACCAUUCUGUUGCUCGUCAGAUUUCAACAUCUCUCACUGGUUUUUAUUUUCGUUCUUACGAAUGGUUGCCUUUUCUUCGUAUGUGGUGCGUCUUAUUUUGGUGCGAUGGGAGGGAGAAAGGGAGGGAGCUGAUGGCUCUGAAAUUCCCAACAUUUCCGAAAUUCUGAAAGCGUAAUUUUGAAAGCUUGAGCUGAUCAGGUUCUGUACUAUUUGGAGGUAGAUGGUCGACUCUUUGUGAAUUUCAUGAACAUGCUCCCGUUAGCUCUUCGCAUGAUGGGAAACAGCGAAGCAUAAAUAGGAAUCUACUACAUCCAUGGGGUUUUGAGACCGGUGUUCCUGAUUUCAUGCUAAAAGUCUCCGGGCAUUUUGCGUGAACAUGAAUCAGAAGGUCGGGACCCAUGGGGGAAAUGGUCUGGCUGUGAACAAAGGGGUUUCUUUCCAAAAAGUAGAAAGUAUUUGACUGAAACUUAGUUUAGAAAUGCAUGUGUCUCUUUGGGUUGUUCUUCAUUUUCAUUUCUUUUUUGGUUUGGCGCCUUUUUUUAACUUGGAGGGUUGGGGUGGGAAGGGUGGGCACGAGAGGAAGCUGGUUGAGAAGUCGAGAGCCAACAGAACUUCUCCUCAAAUUGAUGGCAAACGAAGAUGGAGUGGGAAAGGAAACAAAAAAAUGAAAAAUAAUACUGUUGCAUUUGUGAAAUAAGUGCUACUUGAAAAGCAUGGUGUUUUGAUUUUGAGGAUUCAUAUUUUGUGGGGGGUAGGGACCUUUUUUUAUUUGGAGGGAGGGACAGUCGUGUGGAAAACACAUUGAAAGGACAAGUAUAAAUACACAUUUUGUGUCUGAAUGUUUUCUUUUAAAUUGGCCUAGUUUCAAAUGUAUUUAAACAGUUCCAUACCUGGAUUGGGUGUUUGUAAUGGUUACCAAAAAUGAAAAAGAUGAAAAAAAAAGAAAGAAAUAGAUGACAAAAAAUGAAAUAAAUGAUUGUGACAUGCUUUUAUCACUACUUUAUUUUUCAAAUAACAUGUAAAUAUUGUAAUCCAUUGGAUUUGUUUUGUUUUGUUUUUUGCUAACCUGUUAAUAAAUAUAUGGGACCAUUAUCCUUUUUAACAAGUCUAGAAUGUCAUAUUUUUUCUUGUGUUUCCCCUCCCACCCUCCCAAAUGUAUACCUUGAUAUAUUGUGGACACACAUUUUAGAUGCAUUAUUAUGAUUCUGUUGGCUGUAAUGAUGACCUAGGAUUGAGAAUAACAUUUUUUUCAUUUGUUUAAUUUAUACAGAGGACUUUUUCAGAGUUUGACAGAAGGAAAUAAAUAGCAAAAUGAUAACUCACUGGCUUCAGAACUCAGUAUUUCCUAACUAAGAUUAACUAUUGCUCAGUGUUUGGUGGACGAGGAGUGGAAGUUCUGAAUUGUUGCACUGAUAAUUUUUUUAAGGCAAAAGAAAAUGAAUAAAGAAUUUUCAAAAGUG